GGGGGUUGCUGAGAGGGAAAAGCUACAAGAAGAUGGGAUCUUCAGAGGAGUGUGGCUCUUUGGUGGAUGUAUUGGGUGAGAAGCAUUGCAGGAGAAGCCAGAAAGUCAGGAGACUCUGGAAGACAGGUCUGUAGAAUAAAGGGCAGAUCGACCUCCAUUCCUAAGAGAUGUCCUGCUAUGACCUGUGCCCCACCAACAUCGGUGGCAUCAGCCGCCCCCAGCCCAUCGCUGACAGUGGGAAUGAGCCAUGCGUCCGACAGUGCCCUGACUCCACAACUGUGAUCCAGCCACCUCCUGUUGUUGUCACCUUCCCUGGACCCAUCCUCAGCUCCUUCCCCCAGGAUUCAGUUGUGGGAUCCUCUGGAGCACCCAUCUUUGGGGGCUCCUCCCUGGGCUAUGGAGGCUCCUCCCUGGGCUACAGGGGCCUGUAUGGCUAUGGAGGCUCCUCCCUGGGCUAUGGGGGCCUGUAUGGCUAUGGAAGCUCCUCCCUGGGCUAUGGGGGCCUGUAUGGCUAUGGAGGCUCCUCCCUGGGCUACGGGGGCCUGUAUGGCUAUGGUAGAUCCUAUGGUUCUGGCUACUGCAGCCCUUACUCCUACCGGUACAACAGGUACCGCCGUGGCAGCUGCGGGCCCUGCUAAGCCAAGCAGAAAUAUUCUCCUCAUGGGAGCAAACUGGCAAGUGGGUAGUACUAUCUUGAUCCUCAGCUGAGCUCCUGAAUAAGAGGCAGAGCAUCAACAAUUUCUUAAUGCAGUGGAGACAGAAUAGCUCCUUAAAACCCACUUCUAAUUUCUUUUUCUGUCAUCUGUUUCAUCUCUUCUGUACCCUGUCAGUGGCUAGGCAUGUUCAACUCCAUCCAUAUCCCCAAAAGUCAUUUCUGGGCCCUUCUCUGGCCACUGACUAGGAGAAACGUGAAGAAACACCGUUCCUGAAGCCCUAGGGGACUCCUUCCCACCAAAGACUGUUGCACUUCUGCUGUUGUGUCUUUUACUGUCUAUGCAAUAAAACGAGCCUGUAUCUAA